GACCCUGCCCCUAUAAGAGUCCUCCUGUCAUGAAGAGUCGAGAAAGGCACAAAGCUGGGAGUCUGUGGACUGGAACGAGAAGAAUCGGUCUAAUCCCGAACAUAAAUGUAAAGAUCGAUCAUGGCUUUCACGGUGUUGAGGCCGAUGUCCGCCCAUCCCUUCUCGCUGUCGGUGGACCUGACCCUGACGUCGGACUCGGAGGACGAGAGCGAGGUUUACGCCUGCUUCGGAGCCCCGGGCGGCGACGCCGUCAUCCCGCAGCGGAACGCCGCCAACGCCAGAGAGCGACACCGGACGCAGAACGUCAACACGGCGUUCAGCGCGCUGCGGACGCUCAUCCCCACGGAGCCCGAAGACCGAAAACUGUCCAAGAUCGAGACGCUGCGGCUGGCGUGCAGUUACAUCUCGCACCUGGCCAACGUGCUGCUGCUGCAGGCCGAGGGCGCGGACCGCGUCUCGCCGUGCGUGAGCGCGAUCUACCGGGACGUGAGAGGCAAGCCCCGCAGCAUCUGCACCUUCUGUCUCAGCCAGCAGCGGAGAGGGGUGAAAGACAGACGAGAUUGUGUGAAAAUGCACAGAGGAUCGGGGAGGAAACUCAGUUUGCGAUAACACUGCAAAUGGAAGUGAAAUUCCAAAACCUGCUGAUUCAGUGCCAAAACCGAGCAGGUUCACCAUGCUAACGCUUGUUGAUGCUAACACAAGCGAGGGAUGAAGGCAUCUAAACAUAACAUCACGUUUUGGUCUUGACUUUUAUUACGCAAAUAUUAUCACUUCCACUGUGGGUCUGGAUAUGAACUAACAAUAAAACAUUUCAUUGUUUCCGAAGCAAAUUGUUGCAUUAGCAUGACCUAUUUAUGACAGCUCAGCAGUUUCCUAUGUGUGUUUCUAAUCCUGCUUCAUAAAGUUAUCAUGCAGACUGUCUCUCAUUAAAGGGGAACAUUAUCACAAUUUCUGAAGGGUUAAACCAAUAAAAAUCAGUUCCCAGUGGCUAAUUUUAUUUUCGAAGUUUUUCUUAAAAUUUUACCCAUCACGCAAUAUCCCGAAAAACGGCUUCAAAGUGCCUGAUUUACACCAUCGCUAUAUCCACCCGUCUAUUGUCCUGUGACGUCCCUGGGUGAAGCCAGCAGAAACAAACAUGGCGGAUAGCACUGAAAGGUAUAGCAUAGUAGCUCGGAUUCAGACUCGGAUUUCAGCGCCGUAAGCGAUUCAACAGAUUACGCAGGUCUUGAAACGGAUGGUUGGAGUGUGGAGGCAGGUACCGAAAAUGAAAUUAAAGAAGAAACAGAAACUUUUGAGCCAUAUCACGACAGACAGCGGCACAGGAGGAAGCGAGGACGAAUUCGGCGAUCGCCUUCUAACCAACGAUUGGUAUGUGUUUGUUUGGCAUUAAAUGUGGGUGGAGGGAAAGGCUGGAUGCAAAUAUAGCUACAAAUGAGGCAUAAUGAUGCAAUAUGUACAUUCAGCUUGCCUAAAUAGCAUGUUAGCAUCGAUUAGCUUGCAGUCAUGCCGUGACCAAAUAUGUCUGAUUAGCACACUCCACGUAAGUCAAUAACAUCAAGAAAACUCACCUUUGUUGACUUUAUCUUUGAGUGUCACAGGAUAUCCACACAUCCUUGCCAUCUCUGUCGUAGCAUAGCUGUCGUCGGUACAGUGUGCGGAACAAACGAGGGACUUUCGCAUCUUUUGACCACUGUUGCAAUUUGAAUCAGUCUCUGUUCGUGUUGUUACACCCUCCGACAACACACCGACGAGGCAUGAUGUCUCCAAGGUAUCAGAAAACAGUCGAAAAAACGGAAAACAACAGAGCUGAUUUGUCUUGGUUUGUGUAAUGUGUUUGAGAAAAUGGCGGGUCGCUUCACGAUGUGACGUCACGGGUGAAAGGUCAUUGCUCCGACAGGCGAACAAUUGAAAGGCGUUUAAAUCGCCAAAUUCGCCCUCUUAGAGUUCGGAAAUCGGUUAAAAAAACAUAUGGUCUUUUUUCUGCAACAUCAAGGUAUAUAUUGACGUUUACAUAGGUCUGGUGAUAAUGUUCCCCUUUAAAUGUCAGCAAUAUUCCAAAAUGUGUUUUAGAAAAAUGGCCCCAUGCCGCACUUUGGACACAGAGUUAUUUAGUAGCAUUCCUAGUUUGUCGUUAAGUUGCUAAUGACCUCAACUUUUGUUUUGUCAGCUUCCCUCUCACAGAUGCUUCAUUUCAGCUUCAGUACGUGAGAGAAUGUUUGUAUUAUUUUUACGUUUCAUAAAGAUAAAAUCUAUUUUUACACAAAUCCUGUGCGGGAUUUUCAUUUUUACCCAUGCAUGCACAUCAUAGCGACUGUACUUAUCCUUAUGCUUAUGUUACCACCAUUUAAAAUGCAAUUGAAGACAAUUCCUAUAUCCGAUAGCAGUAAUAAGACCUACAAUGUCACAGACAAUAAUUGUCAUUUUCUACAAAACGAAGAAACGAGGUACUGUAAGUGGACGGUUGCAAAACAAU